AUGCAGCCGACUGCAGCCAAACUACUCCUGAACCACAGAACACCGUUCUCUGUGGAAGAUAUUCUGGACCCCACAAAAUUUACCAAGAAAAUAAUCUGUGCUGAGGAUGCAGCUGCAGGGGUUCAAAGGGCAAGAGAUGAAGCCAUAAAGCAGCAGCAGCAACAGCAGCAGCGUCCCCCGGCAGGUGAGAGCCCGGAGAGCACGUGUCCGGUGAAGGAGAAGAGCCGUCGGUUCCGCACCGCCUUCACCCUGGAGCAGCUGCAGGUGAUGGAGUGCAGCUUCCAGCGGUGUCACUACCUUUCGGUGCUGGAGCGGCACAACAUCGCUGCGGUGCUGCGCCUCUCCGAGACGCAGGUGAAGAUCUGGUUCCAGAACAGACGCACCAAGUGGAAGAAGGAGAGUCUGCAGGGGAAGGAGGCGAAGGAGCUCACAGCCGCACCGUCCUUCUCCGCACAUCCUGCGGUCUCUCUGUCCUGCAGCCCUCUUUACUGCCAGCAGCCCAACCCGCUCCAGAUGUUUGCGCCACUGCCGUUGGUGCCAUAUCGCCAUUAUUAUACGUAG